CAUCUCUCUCUCUCUGUCGGCUGUCUCUGCAAGAAAGGAAAAAGAAGACUCCAUCUCCAUUGAUAAGCUGAGAAAGAAGAAGGAGAAACAAGAAGCAUCAAGGUUUCCAAAAUCCUGAGCACAAAACAAUCAGUCUACUUGAACAUCCGGAAGGUAUUGUAAAGAAAGUUCGGCGUUGGAAUGUUGAAGUUAGUGAGUUAAUCGUCGGAAUCAUGUUCAUCGACAUACCCGAAAUUCUGGACAGCAACUAUCCCUUGACUUCAGGUCUGAUUUACGCUAUCUUACGUCUGUUAAAACGAAGAACUUUCUAUACGAAAAAUGUAGCCUUACAUCUUAGGAAUCCACAGAAUCAAACGGUUUGCGAUUUCGUGAAGAAACGAUGGAGAUAUGCCCAAAAUACAGAAGGUUGUCCGAUUGUGACGGAAAUGACAAAGUUGGCAAAUUUCGAUGUUGUUUCCACUCCCGCUCAUCCGUAAGGUUUCGGCCGAUGAUUUCCAGGUCUGUACCUUUGCGUUAGACUUGUCGAAUCAUUCAUCACAUACAUACAUGAACAUAUAUGUUAAUCCAUAUGUUGAAAUCAUCCCAAAAUAUAUAUAUAAUACAUAUAUUAGUCAUCUUUGUGUUAAGACCAAAAUAUACCAAAUCCAUAAAGUUAAUAUAUAUGUACAUAAGUAUAUAUAAACAUUUGAGAUCAACCCAAAAAUAUGUAUAUAUUAAUCAAAGGUGUUUAAAAGACUUAAAGAAGUAUUUUUGGACACUCAAAAUAUCAAGAGUAAGAUUCGCAGACCCAAACGGUCGACGCAAACGGUCGACCGUCGCGUUAAACAUCAAAACGGACCACGACUGUCAGCAAAACGGUCGACCGCUGGUGGCUGACGGUCGAUCGCCGCCGUCCAGCCGAAGUCCGCCAUCCGCAGCCAGUCAACAACGGCCGACCGCCGGUCAACCGCGGUCGACCGUCACGGUGAUCCGCCAAAUCCGAACUGUUGAAGAUCAAGGUCGACCGUUCCGCCAAACGGUUGACCGUUCCGAGCCCCGUAGUUUAAUUAAAUGAUAUUUUUAUCAGAUUUCAUCCAAAUAAAAUAAAGUAUAUUUAUCCAAUCAUGUUGUUUACAAAUUGUUCAUAUCAUGUGAUUCAUUUCAUCAUCCAUAUUGAAACAUAUCACAUCAUGUGCAUGCGCAAGAGAUCGGGCGGAAGUGUGUCUCUUGUAGUUGUGAUUGUGCGGGACUUAGCAGUCCGACAUCACGGACCGGGCUUAGUGUACGUACAUGGUACUUAGGUUUUCGAGUACCACCCCUAUUUCUGCGUGAGUUCGUCGUACCAAAUGGGCGAAUCUCAUAGCUCAAGGCUCGUCCUUGCGACUUAGAAUCAUACAGCAUGAAGUCAUCAUCAAGUAAAAUCAUCAUGACUAUGUGUGACAUCAAUUACGCAUCAUGUUAUCAUCAUCAAGUACAUCGAUUACAUAGAUGUCAUGUAAUCAUCAUCAAGAACAAGUAUAUUGAUUAUAUGAGUAUCAUGUAAUCAUCCUCACAAGCAAAUUGAUUAAUUGUGCCAUCAUGUAAUUAUUAUUGAAUAUUUAUCAUCAUGAAUCAGCAAAUUGACCAUAUGAUAUAAUGUGCCAUAUCAUGAAUAUUAUUAUACAUUUGUGGACGUAUAUAUAUGUAUAUGUAUACGUCUGUGAAUCAUUCUACAAUUCUAGCGUGGUACCACUCAGCGGUUUCGCUGAGCGUGUAGUUUGUAUUUUUCGUUGACUACACGUAGGUAACAAGAAGACAAUGAUGGAACCAUUCCCGGAUGGCAUUGAGUCAGAGGAGAUGCAAGGAUAGCAGGCAAAUGUCUGAUCAACAUAUUUUAAAAUAUGUCAUGAUUUGAUUAUUAUUGUACUUCCGCAUUACUCUGAAAAUAUUUUUAAAUGGGUCGCGAUCCAGAGUCUGUAAAUUUAAUAUUUAUAAUAAAUUGUCAUUUUCAAAUGUCAAGCGAAAUUUUUAUUUAUCCCUCGUUUCACCUUAAUUCGUGUAAUUCCGGGUUAUACGGAUUGAGGUGUUACAAAUAACUACUGCUGCUUCAU